AGACCAUAAGCAUUAACCACGACCGACACAGGACCAAACUACGUCUACACCAGAACUUAGCAAGGAUAACACCAAACCUGAAGUCUGUUUUUUUUUUUUUUUACUGAAAUUGAAAAAAAAAUCUACUAAUGGCAGCAAAGUUUGUGAAAAUGGAGACACACAUUUUUCUCAUCCUUCUGUUGUGUUCAGGUGCUUUAGGAUGUGGAUUUUCUCGUGAUCUGAUCAUCUCUGUACCAAACCUGACGGCUCUGAGUGGAUCUUGUUUGUGGAUCCCCUGCACAUUCAGUAUUCCCAACCAACAUAAAGAUAAAAUAGACCUGACCAAACGUGUUACUGCCAUUUGGAGUAAGAAAUAUCCCAACUUAGGUAGACCUGAAGAUCCUACAUUUUUUAACAGUGCUAUGCCCAGCCCAACAUCUCCUAUAAAACUGACUGGGAACCUGCAACAGAAAAACUGCACCAUUCAGUUCUUUGAUAUAAACACAAAUCAUUCUGAUGAGUAUUUUCUCAGAAUAGAAAACCACGACUUUAAGGCAACUGCACUUUGUGAAAAACUUCAGAUAAAUGUUCAAGAGUCUCCAUGGAUCCCGUCAGUGCAGGUCUCAGGGUCACAGAGGGAGCAGGAGACAGUGACUAUAACCUGCUCUGCUCCCUCUCCCUGCCCUCACUCUCCUCCUGAACUCACAUGGAGCUUUCGACCAGAGCUUCCACAUAGCAUGCUCCAAAGCUCUGAUGGGACCUUCUCAACCUCAGCGCAAGACAUGGUCCAAAACUCUGAUGGGACCUUCAACACUUCAGUGCAACUUCAGAUGAGAUUAUCUGAGAAGCACCAUGGACUGGAGGUGCGCUGUUCUGCUGUGUAUCCUGUGAAGGAAGGACGCAAGACGGCACAGAUGAAAAUCUCUCUGAGUGUGGAGUAUUCUCCUAAAAACACAUCUGUGUGGCUCAGCACAAACACGUCACUGUCUGUGGGACAGUCUGUAAAUCUGACCUGCUCCAGCAGAGCCUGGCCUCCAGUCCAGAGCUUCAGCUGGUUCAGGGUCACCUCACAGGGUCCACAAAGAGUUUAUGAAGGACAAGUCUACAGCCUCAUCUUCAACCAUACAACCCAAGGAGAAUACUUCUGUCAAGCCCAGAAUAAAAUCGGAAAACAUAACUCUUCAAGCAUUAACCUGCACAAUACACCUGAAUUCGAUGAGCUACCAUGGAAGCCCAUUCUUGGAGGAGGUAUUGCUCUCCUGAUACUCAUCUGCAUCACUGUUUUUAUUAGCUGUCACAUAUCUAAAAGUCGGGCCCCAAAGGAAGCUCACACAGAGACACACGAAGAGGUACGCAAAGAAGAAGACACUGUCCUUUAUGGAGAGGUAGUGUUUUCUAAGUCUACAACAAGCAAGCCUGGUCCUCCGGCCCAACACGCAGAAGACCCAGAGAUAAUCUACUCCCAGAUCAGAGUGUCCAAGGCAGCAGGAAGCACAGCACAGCCCACAGAGGACCUUUACGCAAUGGUGAAAAAGAGCUGAUUAUUUUAGAGUAAAUGCAGAAGUCAACAGGAACUUGUGCAAAAGAGAGCAUAUUUAAACAGUUACCACAUUUUACUUUUUAUUUAAAACCUGAAAUAACUAGUUUUCUUGAGAUCUGCAGUUUAUAAAAUUCAACAGUUUAAUACAAAAAAAAGAGAGUUAAAUUUCAGUUUUUGUUGGAAUAUACACAAAUGUUUGUGAUAUUGUGUAGUACGCACACAUAGCUCUUCCUGUUUUUUUUCCUGUGAAUUUGAUGCAUUUCUCUAUUGAAAAGAAAAGCUUUCCUAUGCUAAAUAUAAUCUCAGCAAAAUUCAGUUUUUCUUUCAAUACAUAUCGUGCAUCUCCCCAAACCAAGUUUUUUUCUAUUCAAACUCUUAGAACACAGAAAAACACAUGGCCAAAGUCUUUCAUUCAUUUGACAGUGCAGAAGCCUUAGUCCUGCUCUCAGUGACCACAACUUUCAAUGGUUUAGUGCAGUCUGACAAUGGAGUUCACACUUUACACAUAUAUUAUUAUUAUUAUAUUGUGUUCAGACUUAGUUUAAAAUUGAAAGAUGUUGGAAUAGCAAAUACACCAACACAAAUUUUGUAAUGCAUGUGUUCUUUACAUACAAUUGUACAUUUACAUCUCACUGGUCAUAUACUGUAUUUAGGAUGUUUCUGUAUUCACACAAUCUGUACUCUUUCCUGAUGCCCUUCUCCGUGUUUGAAUCGUGUGAAAUCCUUUGUUUUUAAAUUUUAGGCAGGGGCGGUGCCAGAUAUUUUUGGUUGGAUGAGCUAUGGAGGUGCAAAGUUUUUUUUAGCAAAGGAAUCCUAUGAAAAUGGAUCAAAAUGGAUCUUUGAGGGAGCUGUGGGGGUGCAUUGGCCAUUCUAGGGGAGGCUAGUGCCCCCUUAACCCCCCUUUCUAUGUGAUUUUAGGUACUGUGUUCGGGCCAAUGUCCUUUACCAUGUGAGAACAGACCUGUAGCAUUGAAAAAACAAGUUGAAUUGAGUGAUCAUUUAUGUUUCUGAAUGAGAGCUGUGUCAACUGUUCUGAAAAAGAGCCUGAGAACUGUAUGAAAAAACUAACUUAUUUACAGGUACGUGUAAAUGUUUUAAACACAUUGAUUACUUCAUAAAGGAAAUAUUUUUAGCUAUAUUUAUGGGACAUGUAUCUUGAUGAUGCUUUUUAACCAUUUUUAACUGCAACUUAUAUUAAAAACUUCUAUUACCGUUU